GGAGGAUAAUAUAUGACAAACCUGGCAACCCAAACUCAAGCGACAAGCGCGAGUUUUUGAAAGACUGCUACUGGUAGCCUGACUAGCUGGUCGCAGGUGGCCGUAAAAACAUGCACCAUGACACGGAGGACCAGCGGGAUGACCGGCCACCGAAAAUCUUUGGACAGAUUAACUACACGGCAGAAGAGUACCAGGCGGUCCAGAAUGCAUUGCGACAGAAGUUGGGACCAGAGUACAUCAGUAGCAGAAUGGCUGGAGGUGGCCAGAAGGUGUGCUACAUCGAGGGUCACCGUGUCAUCAGCUUGGCCAAUGAGAUGUUUGGCUACAACGGCUGGUCUCACUCCAUCUCCCAGCAGAACGUCGACUUUGUGGAUCUCAUCAAUGGGAAGUUCUAUGUGGGAGUCAGCGCUUUUGUCAAAGUGCAACUAAAGGAUGGUUCAUUCCAUGAAGAUGUGGGCUACGGCGUGAGUGAGGGGCUCAAGUCCAAAGCCCUGUCCCUGGAGAAGGCCCGCAAGGAGGCGGUGACAGACGGCUUGAAGAGAGCUCUGAAGUGCUUUGGGAACGCCCUGGGGAACUGCAUCCUGAAUAAAGAAUACCUCAUAGCCAUCAACAAAAUUCCUAAACAGCCGGCUCCUCCUGUGGAUCUGGCCCAGACAAAGUGCUCGGAUGGUGAGCCGGCCGUGGAGAAUGCCCGCUUCAGUAGCCUGGUGCGAGGCCAGGGGGCGGGAGGGACUGGGCAGGACAGGGCCCCUCUGGAGCAGGACAGGGCCCCUCUGGAGCAGGAGAGGGCCCAGCGCAGGGGAGGAGGCAGGGGGGUGACCUCAGUGUGCCACACCCCAAGCUUUGUCCCCGGAGUUGCAGUUCCUGUGGAUCCGCCCUGCUCUGGCCCCAGACCAGCAGCACAAUGCGUGGACUCUUCCCUCUCUGAAGGACACACUGACCCCAAACAGCUGAGGAAGCUCAAGCAGCAGCAACUCCAGCAGAAGUUCAGACAGCAGAUGGAGGCCAAGAGACUUGACCAGGACCAGGGCCACACUGCCCCUAGUGGACUAGGAGAGUCCUGCAGCAGAGAGGAGCAUCUGGCUGACGACCCGGAGCUGUGGGACUUCACCCUGGAUGGAAUUGAGGAGAUGGAGGCCCCCCCCCACCCCUCCACGCCAAGUAACCACCGGAUGCUGACACGCAGUAAGACUCCUCAAAGAGGGCCCCUUCCCCCCCUCAGACCACAGGACCCCCCCUCACACAGGCGCCCCCCUCAGACCACAGGACCCCCCCUCAGACCACAGGACCCCCCCUCACACAGUCGCCCGACCCAGUGCCACCCUUCCCACCAGCAGCAGCACUACCAGGGCAACAGAGCAGGAGAACUGCAUAGUCCACACAGACAAGGACAGAACAUGAAGAAACGCAAACUGCACCCCUGACUACUUCAAAAAUACAUUUGAUUUGCCUGUGUUGAUUAUACAAGUUUAUCUCUUAAGUCUUAAUGUUUAUUUAUAUGGGUGUGCAAGACAUGUAUUGUUGCUACUAAAUGUUUUACCAAAAAUUGUAAGUCAAUAAAUAUUGCCUGUAUUUUCUUUGCUGUAUGACCUGGUGUAGGAUGUCGGGGGGUCCAGGCAGCAGGAUGACCU